AUGGCUCCGGCCGUCGUCACCGGUCUGGCGCACCAAGCCCGCUCGUUCAUCUCGGGCAGGCUGUCGAAGCUCCCGGAGACGGCAGACAUCACAUCGCGGACCUUCGACCCUUCCGUCGGUCCCCUCGCCGCCCGAUCGGUCCUCAUCGGCCGCGAUGGCACCAAAGCGACAGAAAACCCGUCCGUGGGCAUCACCAGCCCGCAGGACAUCAACAACACGGCCAUCUUCGUCAUCUUCGGCCUGAUUGGCGCGGCCUUCGUCAUCACCGGCAUCUGGUUCUUCUUCUGGGCCAAGAAUGGCGGCUUCUACUUCAAGGAAAACGAUUGGGACGACUACAAGUCCACCGUCCUCCGCCGCAAGGGUCCGAACGGUACCAUCCUCUCCAACGCCACGCCCUCGACGAACCUCGGCGGCGGAAGCGUCUACAAGGACUACGACGACAACACGACUAGCAUCUCGGGUACCACCUUGUCCGGCAUCACCGCCGGAGCGAGUGACAUUGCCUCCCGCGAGAAGCGCGAGCGCAAGAAGGAGAAGAGACGCAAGGAGAAGAAGGAGAGGAGCCGCAGCGAGAAGAGAUCGUCCCGCCGGAAUGACGAGGCCAGCGUCCUGAUCGACGAGGAGGCGGAGCGCGAGGCCAAGCACCACCUGCGCAACUACCGUCACGAGAAGCCCGCCCGCGUGGGUGGAAUGAACAAGGAGUCCGAGGCUUCCGAAUGGGACGGUUCCACGAACCCUACCGAGUCGUCAGUAUCAUCCAACCUGCUCUCGAACCGUGAGACGACGCCGACCUCGACGCCGACCAAGGGCGGCAUCCGCAAGGUGUACAGCACGGCGGACCGCAACGAGGAGCGUGAGCGCCAGCGCAUCCGCCAAGAGGCCAGGAAGCUGCAGGAGAAGGGCCGUUCCGCCGCCGCCGCCAGCUCGAGACGCGACUUCAGCUUCCAGCGCUCCAGCACGAUCGCAGAGGACCAGGCCACGCGCGGAUACCCGCACGCCCUGCCGCCGCCUCAGGAGGAGCCGGAGCAGAGCAUCCCCGGCAGCUGGGCCGAGAGCGACAUCACCAGCGCCGUGGAAAGCGACCAGGGACACAAGUCGUACCACCACGUCAUCCCGGGACUGAGCAGCCAGAGUGCCGUGAGCAGCGAUUACGCGGAUGAGAGGCGGAAGAGGAGGAAGGAGCGCCGUCACCGUGAGCACUAG